AUGGCGCGGCUGAUCCUUGAGAACGGCGUGACCCACGUGGUGCACCUGGCCACGCUGCUGAGCGCCGUGGGGGAGCGCAACCCCGCGCUGGCCCUCAAGGUCAACAUCCAUGGCUGCCAGAACGUGCUUGAGCUGGCCGCCCAGCACCACCUGGCGGUGUACGCGCCCUCGACCAUCGCCGUGUUCGGCCACAACACCCCGCGCCACGACACGCCGGACGACACCAUCAUGCGCCCCUCAACCAUCUACGGCAUCACAAAGGGCAGGGGCAGCUGA